CGUGUGUUUCUCUCGUGUGGCAGAAAGGCCCUUUUUUCUCGUCAAAUCUCCUGAUUUGGUUGGCAGAUCGUGGCAACCGCAGCUGUCGCCCGUGACUGGCUUGAGAAUUUCGCGUGUUAAGCUCCUCUCGCCAUCAUGUACAAUCCCUAUCAAGCGCCGGGUGUCUAUGGCCGCCCCCCUGAUUAUGGAAGCUACCCCGGAGCGCCUCCAGGAAUGGCACCACCUCCAGGCAUGUCGGCUCCUGGUACAGCACCUCCCCCGGGCAUGCAGCAAGCGAACGCACCCCAGCAACCGGGUCGACCUGGGGGGUUCCCGCCCAACUUUCAACCUCCUCCGAACAUGCCGAACAUCAACUUCUCCGCGCCUGUGAUUCGAUUGGGAACCUCUGGUCCGGCGAAGCCUGUCGCGGCAGAGGGCAUUAAGGAGCGCGGCGGGGAAACAACGGGACGACGGACGGGCUUAGGCUCUGCAAACAUGGAUAUGCAGCGGCAGAAUGUUCGGGAGUCGAUGAUGCAACUUCAACCGCCCACCAAGGAUGAGGUUGUCAAAACCAUCUUUAUCGGGGGCAUCACCGAGGGUACGGGAGGUGACGAAGGUGUUGAGAGGAUCCUGCGAUGUGCAGGAAAACUGAGGCGCUGGAUUCGGGCCACAGAUGCGGAUGAGAAGCCAUGCAAAUUUGGUUUUGCAGAGUACGAGGACCCUGAAAGCCUAGGUACCGCGGUUGAAGUGCUAAAGGACGUGGAAGUGCCUGUGAAGAGACAGACGCCGUCCGAAGAGGGUGAUGAGAAAGAUGGCGAGAUCGAAAAGAGCACUCUAUUGGUGAUUGUGGAUGAGGGCUCUCUUACCUAUUUAGAGCAAUUUGAGGCCACCAGAGGCGAACAAGAUCCCGUUGAGCUCCAGGCUCGCUUGGACACUGCCAGGAAGAAUUUGGCCGACGUUUUAUCCAAUCUCUUCCACCCUGUUUCCCCUACUCUGAAGGUCGACUCUUCUACCAUCGACCGCGAAGGCGAUAUCUCUAUGAAAGACGCGGAAGGCCAGGCCGAUGGGAAUGCGGAAGUGGUGACCAUUCCAAUUACCAUCGAGGAUGAGCUUUCUGAUAUUCCCGCGGAGAUGCGUGAGACGGUGGCGAAGGAAAUCGCAGCGUUCCGGGAACGCAGUAACCGCAGAGAUAUCGAACGCAUGAAGAGGGAAGAAGAAAUCGAGGCAAUGGAGAGAGCCAGGAAUGCCGGUCCCCGCCACAGCAGACUCGCUUCGCCUCCACCAACGGCACCCAGUGGCCCUGCUGCGGGUGCAAACGGGAUUCCCCUGGGACCCCGUGAUCGCGGAGUUCCAAAUGCGCCCUCUGGACCCAAAGGAUUUGGGGUGCAGAUACCCAAGGACUACCAGAAAGGGGUUUCUUUUGUUAACGGCGGCGGCGCCAACGGGGCGACGACCGCGUGGAUCGACCGUGAGGACGAAGAUACCGACGCCAGUGACGAUGAGCUUGAACGGCGGCGCCAGGAGAAGAGAAAGGCAGAGGCUGAAAAGCAGUUCCUCGACCAAGAGCGCCGCUGGCUCAAUCGGGAACGAAGCAGGACUGCUGCUAUUGAGAGAGAACAGAAGCGCGACCAAGAAGACGACGCCAAAGCCGCAGAAGCCGCGGAGGAUAUGGACAAGCGCCUCCGGGAAUGGAACGACGACAUCGAAAGCGGCCGCAAGGUGGAGGACUACUACAAUGACCGCGGUGCUUGGCUGCGGAGCCGAGCCGCCUUCCGAAGCCGCGAGAUCAGCCUGGACGAUGCCGACCGCAGCGCCGAGGAACGGGAGCGGGCCCGUUCCGCCCAGCAGCGCGAACAGGCACGCGGCAUGGCGGACGACUUCCUCUCCCGACAGGCCGAGGAGCUCGAGGCCCGCAGCCAGGCUCCCCGAGAACCGCAACGCUUCAAGCUCUCCCUCGGAGCUGCCGCCCAGAAGGCCCAGGCCGCCACGACGCGCCGCACGGUCGCCGAAGUGGAGGGUUUGCUGGAGGAUGAAGAGGAGCCCGAGGCCACCACGAAACGACAGCUGGUGCCGAUCAAGUUUGACAGCGCUGCGGAAGCCGCUGGGCUCACGGACGAAGAGCGGGCGCAAGCCGCCAGACAGCUUGCCGCCGAGAUUCCCGCCGACAAGGACGGCCUGUGGCAGUGGGAAGUCAAAUGGGAGUUUGUCGAUGAGACCGUCCUGCGCGACCAGCUCAAGCCUUUUGUGGAGAAGAAGAUCGUCGAGUAUCUGGGUGUCCAGGAGCAGAUGCUGGUCGACGUGGUCGAGGAACAUGUGCGCAAGCAUGGAUCUCCUCAAGACCUGGUGGAACAGCUGGAAGAGGCGCUUGAUGAAGAGGCCGAGGUCCUUGUGCGCAAGCUUUGGCGGAUGAUCAUUUUCUUCUCCGAGAGCGAGAAACGAGGGCUGUCCGCAUAAGAUGCCUGUGAUUCUCCAUCAUGGAAGUGAAAGUUGCCGCCUUUGAGUGUUUAUUUAAUAUCUAGCAAGCAUGUGUACACUAGUUCAGCUGGUCAUCUACUCGUAGUUACCUCCUAACAGUCUACUACUAUUCUAAGAACCUAGCCUCUAUCAAGUCUGUUAACAGAGUAGGUAGCCAGAUAACUAGAUGUCUCUCA